AGAACAGGUUAACGUUUUCAAAAAACCCAAACACGUAAACCGUGCCCUGGUCUUCAAACCGAUUACGGUGCCUUCGACUCGAACCACGGUCAUGCGAAAGACACCGACCAAAGCGAAAGCGUUGGUCCAGCAGCAGCAGCGCAUCAAGGUUCCGAAGCUGCUGGUAACCGAGGCUCCCGGCGGAAUUCUGCGAAAGGGUGGACGUCUGCUCAAGAAGCAGCUACCAUCGGUUGGUGACCGGGCAGGGGAUGGUUCGGAUACUUCGGAAGAGCUAUUACCGAUCGGAGGCGGGGGCGACGGUUGUGAUAACCCGAAUUCAACAUUCUGCAUAGACACUGCCAGUGGCAAAGAGACGGAUUCCGUGUUUUCUAAUGUGCUGGUUGAAUCGAACGUCGAUGCGGAAAUACUGGACAAAGUGUUACGCCGUGCGUCGAUGAAGGGCAAGGUGACACUAUCGGUCGCCAAGGAGAACCGCAAAAAGAGCCCAAAACGUAUUGGCAAGAGUCCACGGCCGUUGAAAACGGUUGCACGAACAAACUCUUCGGCCACUGCGGUCAUCAACCGAUACCGAAUGAUGAAGGGCAAGGAUACGGCGGGCAUCAAAUCGUUGGCAGCAGCAUCGACCAGCAGCAGUAGUGCCGCAACCACCGCCACAGCUCAUGCUCUUCCAGUUGGUCCAAAAGUGGGACCGGUGGCACGAUUGGGCGGUGCUAACGGUAAUAACAACAAUCUAGAGAAUGAUAACGACCGCAAUCGGCACAUCCGGCUAAUGGGCAUCAAAAAGUAAAGUCAGUUGGAACCGAGGCCAAAGUCAGGGUAAUCGAACUGCAUCCCUACCCCCCGAGAGAGAGAGAGAGAGUUCCGAUACCGGUCAUCGGCUGUACUAGAGGAAGUUGUUGAGAAAAUGUAUUUUGAACUAUGAAUGCUUUUACUAUUAUAUAUGUAUAUUCACGCAGCAACAUUCAUUUAUCGGGUGGACGUAGAACGUUUUUAUGCUCGAGACAGAAUCUUAUAUAAAGGAAAACAAAAGAAGAAGCCGA